AUGGCAAAUUACUUCCGCCUAUCGAAUGUCGUGGAUAACGGAGGUGGCGCUGGAAGCAUGGCCGACCACGAGAGCGCUUAUUGUGUGACGCCAGUUACCUCCACGACAAUGACAGGAAUAUGGGUACGCGAUUUUGCAUUCGCUAUCGGUCCUGGACGAAAUGAUGUUAGGGUCCCACUAGCACAGCCACUUGUUUCCAUCCUGUGGUGUCCACCUGCGACGUGA